AUGGUUGAACGAUGGCCCUCACAAAUCCGCAAGCUCAUGAACCAGUUCUCUCGAUUUCCUGCCCAGCCUGCCAAAGAGUUUCAGACUUGGGCACGACCGCGGGAUCUGGAGAAGCGGAAGCAGGCCGUCUCUGUAUGGACAUCGUUGCUGGCAUUUCUUGUCUUUAACUGGAAGUCAUAUGGUGCAGAUGGUGCCCUGGAGUCUAUGGGAUUGAACCUAUCCUGGACUCUCAAAGACGACAUUGACGCCAUUCGGUACUAUGCCAAGUCAGGACGGUCGCUGAAAGUUCUCGGCGAGAUGGUCACUACCUUUUUUGUGAAGGUGAUCAAGGACGCUACGGCCACUCCUCACACCAACCCUUUGACCUGGUGGCUGGCUGUUUUGACCCAGACUGAAGUCCUAGACGACCAACCCCGCUGGACGGUGGCAGACUUACAGGACAUGCUGUCGUUCUCUCAGAAUCUAGACGCCAUUGAUCAUUAUGCUCGGGUACUGGUCUUGGAAGAUGCCUUUUAUCGGUGGAUUGAUAUGCCAGGCGUAAGUCCAGCCGAGAAAAAAAACCUACAAGACUCCCUGAAUGAGGUAUCUAUUAGUUGGGUUGAUCAAGAUGCCGAGCGCCCUCCAGUCGACGACCCUAUCACCAUGGAACGGAGCUACCGCCAAAUGGUCUCGCCAGAAUGGUGGGCCUUUACAGAAUAUAUUGAAUCAAUCUUUGCAGAAUGGUUGACGGACCAAAGUACGGGUCCCAUGUCAACGGUCAUACUGUUCCUUCACGGAAAGCUAGAAACCCCUGAGUAUAAAAGGGUGUACAAAGUCAAGAUGCAGAUUGAAGAGCAUUUUUCUGUCAAUCCCAUGAUGGCGGAUUGUUACCCAGCUGAGUGGGACACGAAGGCCACAAUCGAGCAAGCGAACAGGGAGGCUCGGAGGUGCAUCCGUGAGGAGCUGGGACCGAAGAAAGCGUCCCUCAAAUGGGAUGAAGUGUAUGAUACAAGCGGCAUGAUCCGCAUUCGAGCCAUCUACCGAGAUGAGGCCAAUGAUGCAAGGGCGGUUGCGUGGGUUGAGGAAGCGGGCAUCUUGACUGAAGAGGAAGCGGACAUCCUGACUGAAGACAUGUAA